UGUGGUUCUGCACUCCCGUAAGUCUAUUGAGUUCUGCGCCCCGUCCCUCUUCCUCUAAUUCCCGUCUCUCUGUGCUGUUGCUUUUUCCAUUGCCGUAUUCGUUCAGACCGAACCUAAAUUCUCCCAACAUCGACUGACCACCACACCCAAUUCUGUGUUGGACAGGCCAAGUCCCCUACAGAUCUUGUCUUCCCCGUUCCCUCCAUCUAGAAAUUCUGUCCCACCAAGAUGCCGAUGUCCAAGAAGGAGCUCCAGGAGCUUCGCAUCCAACCGCGCAUGUACAAGAAGCCUCCGUUCUCCGUAGAGGCUCCUGGAUACGAGCCGGUUGAGGGCGAGACCAUUCCUCGUCGACUGCCCGCCGCCAAGGACGGCCUCAUCCUUCGCCCGGCUGAGGAUGUCGGAACCACCUACGAUGUCUUCCGCCGCUCCGCGCGUGUUUACGGCAAUGCGAAGGCCGUUGGAACUCGUCACUUGGUCAAGACCCAUGUCGAGAAUAAGAAGGUCAAGAAGAUCGUCGAUGGUGUCGAGAAGGAGGUCGACAAGCAGUGGACCUACUUCGAGAUGAGCGGCUACAGCUACAAGAGCUUUGUCGAAUACGAGAAGCUGGCCCUGGAGCUCGGCUGUGGAUUGCGAAAACUCGGUUUGGAGAAGCCCGAUAAGAUCCACCUUUACGGCGCAACUAGUGCACAUUGGCUGGCCAUGUCACACGGUUCCGCAUCUCAGUCCCUGACCAUUGUCACCGCAUAUGAUACCCUGGGUGAGGAGGGAUUGAAGCACUCUUUGGUCCAGACAUCCAGUGCCGCCAUCUUCUGCGAUCCCGUUCUCAUCCCCUCCGUGGCCAACGUUCUGAAGGAUGUCAAGUCCAUCAAGCACGUCAUCUACAACACCGACCAGGAGCCCAAGAAGGAACACCUGGACCGCCUCAAGUCCGACUAUGACUACCUGAACGUCAUGAGUCUCGAGGAGCUGCGGAAGCUGGGUGAAGAGAACCCCGUGGACCCCGUCCCCCCGGCUCCUGAAGACCUUUGCUGUAUCAUGUACACCUCUGGUUCUACCGGCCCCCCGAAGGGUGUCUCCCUGACACAUGCGAACGUUAUCGCCGCAACUGCCGGUAUCCACGAGAUUGUCGGCCCUUACAUCGGUCCCUCGGAUGCUCUCCUCACCUACCUCCCCCAAGCGCACAUUCUGGAAUUCAUGUUCGAGAACCUCUGUCUUUUCUGGGGUGGUACCAUGGGUUACGGCAACCCUCGCACCUUGUCUGACGCUUCCAUGCGCAACUGCAAGGGUGAUAUCCGUGAAUUCAAGCCCACCAUCCUGGUCGGUGUUCCGGCUGUGUGGGAGUCCGUGAAGAAGGGUGUGCUCAACAACCUGAACAAGAACAACUUCCUCAUCAAGAGCAUCUUCUGGGGUGCCAUGUCUGCCAAGAACUUCCUCAUGACUGCUGGAUUCCCCGGCGCUGACACAGGAGCCUGGUUCCUGGACUCGGUGGCCUUCCGCAAGCUCAAGGAAGCUACUGGUGGCCGGCUACGGAUCAUGAUGAACGGUGGUGGCCCGGUCUCCAAGGACACGCAAAAGUUCCUGUCCAUGGCCGUUGCCCCCAUGAUCAGCGGCUACGGUCUGACCGAAACCUCCGCCAUGGGUGCCCUGAACGACCCGAUGGCCUGGAACCCUGACGCGCUCGGUGAAAUCCCCGCCUCUAUCGAGGUCAAGCUGGUUGAUUUCCCGGAUGCCGGCUACUUUACGAAGAACACUCCCCCUCAGGGAGAAAUCUACAUUCGCGGAGGCAGUGUCAGCAGCAACUACUGGCAGAACGAGGAGGAGACCAAGGAGGCCUACACCGAUGAUGGAUGGUUCAAGACUGGUGACAUCGGCGAGUUCGACCACCUUGGCCAUCUCAAGAUCAUCGACCGCAAGAAGAACCUCGUCAAGACUCUCAACGGUGAAUACAUUGCUCUGGAGAAGCUCGAGUCUAUCUAUCGCUCUUCCCCCGUGGUCGGCAACAUCUGCGUCUACGCCGCCCAAGAUCAGGACAAGCCCGUUGCUAUCAUUGUCCCUGUCGAAGCCACCCUGAAGAAGUUGGCCAACGACAACGGUAUUGAGGGCGACUCUCUGGAGUCUCUCGUCCACAACGAGAAGCUGAAGUCUAUUGUUCUCAAGCAGCUCCAAACCGCUGGUAAGGCCGGUGGUCUGAAGGGUAUUGAGAUCAUCAACGGUGUUGUCCUCUCCGACGAGGAGUGGACCCCUCAGAACGGCUUCAUGACCGCCGCUCAAAAGCUCCAGCGCAAGAAGAUCCUCAACCGCUUCCAGGACGAUAUCGACCGUGCCUACGGGAAGAAAUAAAAACAUCACCGAUUAUAACUAAAGUCCGUGACAGCGAACAACUCAACUCAUCUCCAUCAGCCGCAUAUCUUAUGCCUGCUUAAUUAGUAUAUCCUCUAUAUCCCUCAGCAACUGUUCUGUUCGGCUCGCAUCAUGUUUUUUGAUCCUGCUAAUUUCGUUUUCUCUUCGACUUCUGUUGUUCUAUGAUAUACAUGUAUCAUGUUCUCUCCUUUUCUUCGUGUGUGUAUGUCUCCGCUUAGCUAACUCUCGAUGUGAUACUCACUCAUCCCGGUGGGUCUAUGCCAUAUAAAAUUCAUUAUAUUUUUCUUCA